GUCGAACGUUGUGAACAACGUUGAAAGCAUCGUGUGGGACCCGCAUUACGGGAAUAUUGUUUUUUAUUCUCUGCAUUUGCGAGUAAAACCCCUAGAAAGACUCAACCGUCACUGCUAAGGGCCGUAUUGUCAGUCGUUCAUCCUGAUGAGCAGAAGAAGUCAAGUCCAAUCACAACGUGCGUGUAAGAACAUUCCCAUCUUUUUAGGAGCAGACCACGUUUAAUGACCUGCUUAGAUUCAAGUGAUUUGCAGUUUUUACUCUCAACUCUAUGAACUGUCAUUACCUGUCACUAGAGACUAGUCACCCAAGUGUGCUUCACUGAUCACAGUGAUCAUUGCUCGUGAUUCGCGAUUCGACUGUCACUGUCUGAGCGGUGAAACCGAUAGUAUCUCCCUUGCCGAUCGACCUAGAUUUGUAAAAUUAUAUGAAAACAUCCAUGCUUUUCGAAAAUCGAGCAUAGUAAACUAGAAGUAAAGUCGUACGCUAUGUCUCGAUUCCGAGUGUAAAUACUUUGUACGUUGACAGCAAAAACAGGCGAAACUCAUGAAAAAACUUCUCUGAAGGUUGAAGAGUGAAAACAAUAAAAAUGCCUGUGCGAAGACACACAGAUCCUAUCCAAGUUGAGCUGAUUUGGGACGCAAUAAGAUCAGCAAACGCUGCUCGUCAGACUCCUGAUCUCACAAGGAUCACAAAGUAUAUCCAGACAGUUGGAAACUAUUCUCCGACUUUAAUAGAAGGCUUUGUGAAGAAUGCAUUGAAGGAUAAGUUAAUAUUGACCACUGGGAAAAAGCAGGAAGGUGGUAUUCCAUCUUAUAAGAUUGUAGAUCAGGAACUGCCUGAGCUCGAUGGCAAAGAUUGGUACUGCUUUGAAUGUCAUCUGGCCGGUGACGUGGUUUCAUGUGCCAGGUGCUUCCGAGUUUUUCACACUGCCUGCGUACCCAGAGUUAGGCGGCAGUUUGAAACUGAAAAACAACUUAACUGUGAAAGCAGAGAACACGUGCUUGCUAAUGAGAAAGCUAUGGCUGCAAACCAUCUAGGCGAAAGUAAGCCGAGUAUGGCCGGAGAAGAUAAAAGCACGGUACAGUACGUUGAAAGCUUGUGUUUUUUGUGUAAUCUCAGCAAUGUAGACUUCAGUUGUGGGAUGAACAAAGAGGAGAUAAACUAUAUGUUGAAGUUUGUUUUGCAUCGUAUUCGGGCUUGGUUACCCAAUACCAUUACUCACACUAUGGCACAAGAAGAUAGGCCAGAGUGGUUGACUGAUACAGAACUAACAUGGAGAGCUAAUCAGUUAUUUUUUGAGCAUAGAGACAUGUCUGUGAUGGAAGUUAAAAUAAAUACCCAAACGUACACCACUUUCUCUGAAUUCCUUGCUGACGUUUAUUCUGUGCAACAUAAUGUUGCUAUAUUUCAUAGUGUGGAAUCUCAAGAAUAUGGCGCCGCAGAACUGAUGGUUAGAGAUGCACAUCACGACAUAAAUGAGAUGAAAAUGUGUAUCGAUUGCUACAAACACAGCAAUGAAAAGCUGAAUGCAAAAUGGUUUUGUUUGCCUUGUAGAGUGCCACACAAAUUAGUUUGGGCUAAGCAGAAAGGGUAUCCGUAUUGGCCUGCCAAGGUUAUCAAAGAGACUGCGACACACUGUGAUGUUAGGUUUUUCGGAGGAAAAUAUGAAAGGGCAUUGUUAGUGAAAACGCUGAUAAAACCUAUUGUAGUUUCUAAAAACUCUCUCCAGAUAAAACCAUCAGCAGCUUUUAACAAAGCCUAUGAGGAACUCCAGCUACACCAAGCUAUAUUGAAGGAUCCCAAAGAACUAGAAAAACUGCUAGCUCAGUCUAAAUCUCCUCGCCAGCCCAAACAGAAUAAAUCCUUGUUGAACUUAUCUAACAGUUCCAACCCUUCCACUCCUCAGCAAAAAAGAAAAGUAGGUAGGCCAAAAUCCAAUACUUCUGCAGUUGCAAGUGUCGGUAAAAGGAAGGCUUCUACUUCUACUGUAACAACAGGUGUUGAAGAGAAACGGUCAAAACAAGCUGAGGAAGAGACAGUUAAACCAACAGAUUCGCCGCAGAUAUCGGGGAACGUGAUCGAUAUUUCAGAUGCGGAAGAAGAGGACGGACAAGAGUACUCAUUUAGAGAUGCAAUGCUGAUGCAGACUUCGCCAAAUUUGGACGAGGCCUGCCCACAAGUGACCAGUUCAACUGAGACCUUUGGCAAACAGCUGUCACCAAGGCAAGAAACUGAUAUGCAUGUACUGGAUCAACCGUACAGUGAUUCUGUAGAAAAGAUGAGAAGAAGACUGGAACAAUUACCGAAUAAGGCUGAAAUAAUAAAGUGUGCUAUGGAAUGUAUGCAAACUGAAAUCGAUAGAAUUACCAAAGAGCACAAUGACCAUUUGAAGAGUCUUUUCGAAUCACAUAAUCAACAGAUAUCAGAAACUAAGAAAAAGCAAUGGUGCUACAAUUGUGAGCAAGACGCCAUCUACCAUUGCUGUUGGAAUACAGCAUACUGUUCACAGUCGUGCCAACAGCAACACUGGCAGGCAGAGCAUAAGAAAGUGUGUAGACGUAAGCGUUAAACAAAUCUUUGUUCUUCUUGUAUCGAGUAUUAUUUUCCAUAUACUGUUUCUUGUUACUUUAUUGUGUUAUGUAGGCUGCAUUGUGGACUCACGAAUUUUGAAGAAGAAUUUCAGAUGAUCGGUGAUCGUCCAUACAUUUUUUAUAAAGACCUAUGUUUGUGAUCAAAUAUAUUCUCAAACGCAAA